AUGCCCUUAUUCCCCCCUCAAACAAUGGCCCGUCACAGGAGCUCCCUAUUGCGCAAAAAGGCACGGGUCGACUCCUCUUCGUCCGCCUGCUCUAUGGGUGGGACAGUCGCGACACGUCCUCUUCCACGAGAAAUCACGUCUCGUCUGGCUCCCGAACUCUAUGAUCACUUCCUUAAUGCCUUGAACGACUCCAAAACGACCUUAUUCACCUGCAGCCUCGUCUGCAAGGCUUUCCUUCACCAUUCUCGACGAUACCUCUUUGCUUCUGUCAAUCUUCGUCCCGACCUCGUCAAAUUUCUUUCGGAACAGGCGAUGGAAACCAUUGUUCCCUUUAUCCGGAGCGUUGGUUUGGGGGGUGGCUGGAUGCGAGAGCAACAACACGAGUUUAAUGGCAUUAUUUCCUUCAUGACAAACCUAGACAAUAUUCGCAACAUUCACAUCGAGGCAUGGAGCUGGGACUAUCUAGCUCCACCCGCAGCCAAUGCUCUGCUUAGUGGACAGGGCAAACUCUUUCAGACUGUGACAGUCCUCGACCUCAAGUUUAUUCAUUUUCCUUCCCUCGCGAUUCUUUGCAACUUCGCCUCUCAGUUUUCGGCGCUGCGCGGACUGUUUCUCGACAACGUCACCUGGGACAAAAGUCAGAACGGCGAAAGCAAAUUGGACCUGGCACCUCCGUCGUUUCUCUCGAGGCUCGAGAAACUGACUAUUCGCGCCUGCGCGUGUAAAAUGGUCUUAUCGUGGCUUUUAACUGUCGUUACCCAGGACGAAUCCCGCCUUUCUCUUCUAUCCAUUCGCUUUUUGAGCCUUCCGGAGGUUUUGGUGAACGAAGUUGCUCUGGUAAACCAGUUACUAUCAACAAUUGGACCAGCGUUGGAGCAUUUGGAACUUGGCUUUCUCGCACACAGUCAGGAAGAUGCUGCAGUCAUCUCAGCCCAAGUCGCGAGCAUCGACCUUUCAAUCCACACCCACCUUCGCAACCUUUCUAUUCACCAGCUCACUCUAUAUCAGUUCCCUCGCACCCCAUCGUCACGAACUGCAGACCCGUCCCCUUGUGUAUGGCUUGUGCCAUUGCUGCAACGUAUCAGCUCACCUGUUCUCUCUCAUCUCAACUUCGGUAUUUGGCUUGGAGAAGAAACACAACUCGAUCUUAUUGACUGGCAUGCCCUUGUCCGAGUCCUGAAAAAGCCUAUGCUCAACACGAGCUUAAGGGCGAUGCAGUUCAACAUUCGCGGUGUCGAAGAAGAAAUGGAUGAUCAAGUGCAACGUUGGAUUAAAAACCGACUUCGAGACUGGGGGCAUGUCGACCAAUUCCAAAGGUUGCAUGUCAGUUUUGAAUAA